AUGCUUCACCAUAAAUUAGAUACAGUGAGCGUCAUCGCACUCUUGUUGACACUCCGUGGUACCGUCGCUGACGACAACAUCACUGGGGAGGAAGAGGGGACAGGGCACCGAUGCAUGCACAAUGAUGUUGCCGUUCCAUACGAUGAGCUUCCCUCCAUGGACGCCGUUCAUGAUUUGCAAACGGCACACGUGGCGGAGGUUUCCAACAAUACUGAAGGUGAGGGAAACAAGAGCAAAAGUGUUGAACGGAAAAAUGUGCGGUUUCACAUAAAAUACGCGUUAGGCGAGACCUGCAAAGGAAUCGGAAUGACUGUUCCCACCUACAUCAAGGGAACUACCAAGGAAUGCACCGAGGAUGAUGUGCUGACGAAAUGGAAACUUCGCUCUGUCAAGGUCAUGAUGGAGGCUGCUACAAAAUUUCUUAGUUCUGCGCUUCUUGUAGAUCCCCUGGAAGCGGUGAACGUUCCAGGGGGUAAGUGCUCAGGGGUUCAGGUCCCCAAAAUGACCGUACCGAAUGCGGAUUACGUUGUGUUUGUGACGAUCAACCCACGACCAGAAGAGGAAACCACGACAGUCGCGUGGGCCGCUGCGUGUCUGAAAGAUACUCGGUCAGGUAGACCUGUCGUGGGCCACAUCAAUUUCAUCCCCGCUGCCAUCCAACGGAACCCAUCAAGUCUUGCUGAACAUGUGGCUAUGCACGAGCUCGCGCAUGCCAUCGGCUUUAGUGAUAUUGCUGAAACGAUGUUAAGAGCACCUAAUGGAUUGGGUGCGAAAGGCUCGCAAAGAGUGUAUCGUAAAGGACUGGGGAAAGCGGUCACACUUAUUACCUCGCCCAAGGUUCUGAAGGUCGCCCGGGAGUACUAUGGUUGCCCCGGCCUUGAUGGUGUUGAGGUUGAGGAUGCUGGAAGUGAGGGCACGCGGGGCUCGCACUGGAAGAAACGAAUUUUGUUUAACGAGGCCCUCGUUGGUAGUGUAACGUCCGGGCAGCUGUUUUUUUCUCCUCUAACUCUCGCUUACUUUGAGGACCUUGGAUUUUACACGGCCAACUACUCUACCGCAGAGACGGGCAUGACCUGGGGGAAGGGCAGAGGGUGCGACUUUUUGUAUCAGAAGUGCGAUAAUCAUCCCCGGGAGUGGGGAGAGUUCUGUUUUCGUAAAGAAAUGUUCGUGUCCACCUGUACAUUGGACCGAAGCAGCUUAGGGGCGUGCGAUAUUACAACUCACCCCGAGGAUCUCCCUCAGCUUUAUCGGUACUUUGAUGAUCCUCGAGUUGGCGGCUCCUCCGCGGAGAUGGAUUAUUGUCCCACCGUAAUGGGGUUUGUUAAUGCGUACUGUACUGCGGAGCUAGGUUUUGCUUUUAUGAACGUCUUCGGUAAUGAAAUGGGUGUGCACAGUCUGUGUUAUGACUCCGACGUCAUCACAAGUGUGUUUCCCAACUUCCCCUUCGCGGCACGAUGCUUUCCAACAACGUGUACACCCUCUGGACAGCUUCUGCUGCGUGUGCAGGGGCGUACGGUUGCGUGCCCACGUGACGGUAAAGCGGGAUUGGGUGACACCUCGAAGUUGAAGGGUGUUCACGGUAAGGUCCAAUGCCCCCCUAGUGAGAACUUUUGCAAAAAUUCUGGUAAUGGUAUUUCUAAGCUGCAGCUUGCGUCGGUUGCGGACGAGGUGGAUGGUAGUUCAAACACGGAAAGAAUCGGACACUCACUUAUAUCUCCUACACCGCAUACAUGGAACAGUGAAGACAUGGGGAGCUGCAGCAGUCGCCUCGCUUGUCUGAAAGAUAUUCCGCCCCCCUUUCCGGCGUGCAGCCUGGCUGCAAGGAAGGUGAAGGAGUGUCUCGGGAAUGAUUGCCCAGGGAGUGCGCAGCAAUGGCGAUAUGCAAAUGAAGUAGGUAAUAGUUGCUUGAACCCAGAGGGUAUGGUGGCCAUGUGUAUGGAUGGCUGGAGAGGUGUAAAUGAAUUGUGUGGGGCAGUAGAUCCUGAAUCCAAGUUGGGACGAAGCUACCGAUCGAUGCUUCCCUUCUAA